AUGACUUUCACUCUCUCGUGGCGCCAAGCCGCCGUGGCAGCGUUGCUGUUCAACGCCGCCGUAACGGCCAACUACGAUACCCGACGAAAUAAUGAAGCCUCGGAAGAUACAAAGCGGGCUUUGAAUGUUGCCUCCGUAAAGGCUCGAGGCCUGAAUGCCAGAAACUUUGUACAGAAGUUGGACGUGGAUAGUGUAUUGUCUGCUCUUGGGAGUAAUAAUAAGGCACAGGGCGAUGGGACUCCGGAUGUAGCUCCUCUUGCUGCUGAUGGGGCUGUUCCUGCUGUCCCUCAAGCCCAACCAGCAGCACCACCGGCACCGGCUGCGGGAGAGGCCCCUCCUCCUCCCCCGGCAAAUGGAGCAGCACCUCCUCCUCCUCCUGUGAACGGUGCACCUCCGCCGCCUCCAGAUCCAAACGCUGCUCCUCCCCCUCCUCCGCCUAACGGUGCUCCUCCACCACCGCCUGACCCAAACGCGGCUCCUCCGCCUCCGCCUCCCGCGAAUGGCGCUCCUCCACCUCCUCCUCCGGCUAACGGUGCUCCCCCGCCACCACCACCUGACGGAGCACCGCCGCCGCCGCCUCCCGAUCCAAAUGCUGCUCCUCCAGACCCGAACGCGCCUCCUCCACCACCACCUGAUGAAGCGCCGCCGCCGCCUGAUCCAAACGCAGAGCCGCCACCACCUCCUCCAGAGGGAGGACCGGCUCCUGACCCGAAUGCCCCUCCCCCGCCACCCCCUGAUGGAGGUCCAGCUCCCGAUCCCAAUGCUCCUCCACCACCACCUCCAGACGGCGAGGCACCUCCCCCUCCUCCUGAUGAUGGGCCUCCACCACCACCCCCCGAUGGCGGACCGGCUCCCGACCCCAACACUCCUCCACCGCCGCCUGAUGCCGAGGGGGCACCACCACCACCGCCGGAGGCUGCUCCCGCUGUAGCUGGUGAGCCUCUUGCGCCAUUGGCCGUAGGGGCUCCUCCGCAACCUGCCGCAGCUCAACCUCCUCCUCCUCCCGCUCUCGCAGGAAAUGGAACUGACCCUGCCGGCAAGAAAGGAAAGAAGGGCAAGGGCAAGGAUGACGCCGGCAAGAAAGCAAGGGACGACGCAAAGAAGGCAAGAGACGAAGCCAAGAAGAAGGCUGAGGGACAACUAGCAGGUGCUGCUGGCCCCGGCCAGGCCGCCGCCAACGGAACAGCACCUGCGCCUCCGGGCAAGAAGGGAAAGAAAGGCAAGGACGCCAAGGGCAAAGACGCAAAGAAGCUAAAGGAUGGAAAGGGCAAGGGGGCAAUUCCCGGCGCCGCAGGUAACGGCACCGAAGCCGUUGGACCAGAUGGAAAAGCCAAGAAGGCCAAGAAGGACAAGAAGGCUAAGGGCAAAGCCGCACUUCUUCCAGGAGCGGCCGUGAACGGCACGGCGCCAGCAGGUCCAGAUGGCAAAGCCAAGGGCAAAGGCAAAGACGAUGACCCCGAGGCGAAGAAGAAGGCCAAGGACAACGGUCCUGAGGGCGCCGCUGGGCCUGCUGAGGAAGCUGCAGGUGGACCUGAAGGCAAAGGCAAAGGAAAAGGUGACGACCCCGAGGCUAAGAAGGCAAAGGAAGCGGCUGCUGGGGGAGAGGGAGCAGCAGCCGCAGGGAAAUCGGCGGGAGCGGCAUUUGAAAGACGUCGACGAGCGAGCUUCGUGAAGCGGCGAAACCUCAUGUCCAAUUUCGGCUGGUGA